AUGAAAAGAGUUCUUAAAGCCACAAAGGAACACGUGCUGCUCCCUGUUGCAGUCGGUGUCCCCUUGGUUGUGGGGGAACAAUGUGUACAUUCUCCAACUGGCUUGUUGCCAUCCCAGAGCAAGGGAGCAGAGGUGGUGUCUUCCUGUGGAGCUGUGCUUCAGCAUGAAAGCUGCCCACGCUACCAUCCUGGAGACUUCAUCCGGGAAAAGGACAGGAAAGAAUUCCACAUUCACACCUUCACACUUGCUUCGAGAUUGCUGCGGCUGUUCGGGGAGGAGAGCGAGGCCGGGGGGCUCCAGAGGUUCCUGUACUCCGGACCCUCGCCCUCGGGGCCCGGGGGUCGGACCUCGGGAGGCUGCAGCGGAACCGAGGACCCCCAGGAGGCCAGUGUCCCUUUGGAGGUGGCAGCGCUGGGACCGGACGCCUUGAGACGCGCUCGUGGGCUUUCGACCCCUGCUUUCCAGCGUUUCCAGCCAGAUUCCACGGGGGGAAAGCAAGAACACAAAGAGAGUAAAUGUGACUCAUACCAGAAUGGACAAAAAGAACCAGUCUCCAACCCUCAUCAGCUUACCCUGGAAUCAUCUCCUAAGCCUAUUGGUGUCAUUGGAAAACACAAUCUUAGGUCAUCUGUUUCAGAAAACUCAACCAAGGAUGAUAGCAUUGUGUCUCCUCACCCUGGGGAGCAAUCAGGAGGUGAAGGGAGUCCCAGGUCUCUCUCAUCCUCUGAUCUGGAAUCAGGAAAUGAAAGUGAGUGGGCCCAAAGCUUCACCGCUCCCCGAUCCAGACUUCGCACCCUGUCCUCAAGACGGAGAGAUCCUCUUGAUAUCCUUACCAAGAUCUUCCCCAGUUACAGGCGCGGCCGGCUGGAGGGCAUUCUGCAGUUCUGCAAAGGGGAUGUGGUCCAAGCUAUCGAACAGGUCCUCAGCGGGAAAGAACACCAACCAGACAGCAGGGACCUCGCGGGCUCAGGAGAAUGGGGAAGUGCAGCUUUCCAGAGAGCUCCAAACUUUAGUUUAGCUGGAAUUGGUUUUGGAACUCUAGGGAGUAAAUCAGCCUUCUCUCCUCUUCAAACCAGCUCUGCUUCCUAUGGACGUGAUUCAAGUCUCCACAGCUUAAGUCCUAGACUAGGUAUCAGUCCUUUACGGCUGGCGUAUUCCGCUCCAGGAAGAGGGCUACCUGGUUUCAUGUCUCCCUACCUCGCUCCUGGGUUGGUACCAGCGUUGCCUUUUCCCCCAGCUUUGGAUUAUGCCUUUUCGGGGAUGAUUCGGGAUGCUUCCCACCAUCCCAGUAAAGACUCUGUACCUGGCCGCAGACUGUGCUCCAGGCUGACUCAGGACAAUCUGUAACACACCCGUUCUCCCUUUCUGAGGCAUUUCUAGAAGGCAGGCAAUGCAACCCACACC